AUGAAUAUUCUGAUGAGCUUCCCAUCAAAACAUACCAAAGUUCAUCUCAUUGCGGGCACCACCUUCAAGUGCGAAGUAAUUCCCAGCUAUAAUUAUUAUCAAACCCACAGCCACCAACCUAACAAACCUGCUGACGGCUGCCAAAACCACAUUUCCCACGAAACUUUUCUCAUAAAUCCGAGGCAACGCAAUAAUCUCACAGCUAACCAUCCGGUCCCUUUCUUUCUUCCGUCCGCUCCUGUUAAAAUUACACAGAGAACCUGCUGGUGGAACGAAGUCUGCAAGGAGGAAUUUCAGCAGCUAUUCCGCUGUAGGUGCCCCCAGUGGUCCUAUUGCAGGUCCCCGGGUCGCUACUACAACGCGUACUGCUCCAUGACCAACACCGGCUACAUCUGGACACAGCCCACCUGGGACUGGGAAACGGCCUAACACACUGCCGGAGAAGUGUCUUCGUUAUUCCUGAAUUUGUAAGCUCAGCUCAUGUUUUUCGUGAAACAGAUCCAGGUGUGUUGAAAGGUGGCUAGCACCGGUAGACAUGUACUCACAGCCAAUGUUUGAGUUAUACUUUUCGGUUGUUUUUAGUUAGUUUGAAUGGUUACAACAAUAAUAGUUUUUAUUUUUGGUAGUUCAUUUUGCGACCAAAUUAGUAAGAGCAAAAACAUCAUCAGCGAAAUAUAUGACAAACAAUGCACAUUUGCGCGUAUUACAUAGAGACCAAAUAUUUUAGAUAGAUUUAUAGGAAACAAAAGAAGAAUGCUGCAAAAAUCAGACCAUUACCGUAGGACUUGAUCAGAGCGUAGGCUAGUGCGUUAUAUACACAUGAUAUUGCAAUUAUCAUUAUUCGUUGAACGAUACGUUUCACAAGGUGAACAACUAAAUGGGAAUCAACUAAUGGAUUUAAUUAAUUGGCUAAUUAUAAUGAACGUUGUAAGAAUUAAUCAUAUCAGGCAGCAGAUUACAAAAAAAUAAAAAAAUGUUCAGAAAAUAUUCUACUUAGCUGUUUUGUUCAACGACAUAUCUCGGCUCAUCAAAGAAUAAAACACAUCAUCGAAAAAUUAGAAAAAGAGUGCAAAAUUCAAUCCAAAAAAAAUCAAUUAAAAAAAUGUUUUCUCACACAAAACUAACAAUACAAAAAAUCAAAUCAAAAUCUAUAUCAAAAAAUCCACAAAAAGGAAUGUUUCACUGUAAGUAGAACAGCGUUGAGUUAGGUGAUUAUACGCAGAAACAGUAUUAUGAGUACCCUUGCAGGAUGAGCUGGAGACCGUUUGCACUAACGAUUAUGACCUAUUAAAGUGCAAGCUUUGAGCGCCCUCCCCAUGGCACACAAAAGAGCCUCAGCAAACGCGUUUGUGCAAGCAAAUUAUUAAAGACAAAAUAAACGAUUUCGAUUAUAAGAAACGAUUCAAGUGAAGAGAUUUCAAAUAAUAAAUCCAUUAUAUAUGCAAU